AUGUAUUUAUUUAUUUACAAAAUAUUGGUGGAGGACAAUGAAAAUAGUGGUGUGGUGAACAAGAACACAAGCCAAAAUUGGUGUGAAUUACUCUCUUCUUCAUCUUGCUUGUCUUUCUUUGAAUGGCUUCACUCUACUUCUCCCCAUCGGUUCUCAGUUGUAACGUUAACUUUCGCACCAAAUCUCCGAUUACAGGAUUCAGGAAUCAAAAAGUCAGCCUUUUUGUAUGUCGAGCAGCCUCCCUCACGUUUGGUGAUCUUGAUGCGGACGAUUUUAGGCAUCCUCUUGACAGACAGAAUACGUUACUUUUGAGAGCAAUACCUGGUCUCAAUGACAUUGGAAAAGCCUUACUAGGGACUGUUUCAGAGCAAAUUAUGCUUCUGGAGAACAUAGGGACGUCAGUUCUUGUUUCGGAAAAUCAGCUCCCUGAACUUCAUUGCUUAAUGGUUGAGGCUGCUAGAAUACUCAAUACUGAGGCUCCUGACUUGUAUAUACGUCAAAGUCCUGUACCUAAUGCAUAUACCCUGGCUGUCAGUGGUAAAAAGCCUUUUGUAGUGGUUCAUACAAGCCUAGUGGAGCUGCUGAGUCGAAAGGAAUUGCAGGCUGUCUUGGCUCAUGAGUUAGGUCAUCUGAAAUGUGAUCAUGGUGUGUGGUUGACAUUUGCUAAUAUUCUCACUCUUGGGGCUUAUACUGUUCCUGGUGUUGGCAGUUUGAUUGCUCAAAGACUAGAAGAACAGCUCUUACGCUGGCUUCGAGCAGCAGAACUCACCUGUGAUCGUGCAGCACUUCUUGUUGCUCAAGAUCCAAAGGUGGUUGUUUCAGUACUAAUGAAACUAGCUGGUGGCUGUCCAUCUCUAUCGGAUCAACUGAAUGUGGAUGCAUUCUUAGAGCAAGCUCGAUCUUAUGACAAAGCAUCAUCAAGUCCAGUAGGGUGGUAUAUUAGAAAAGCUCAAACAAGGCAACUUUCACAUCCACUCCCUGUUUUACGUGCACGCGAGAUUGAUGACUGGUCGAGAAGUAAAGAGUAUAGGUCUCUUCUUCAGCGUGCAAUACAGGUGAAUUCUGUGCAAAAAGUUUAGUGCUGCAUGAGAAUGAACAUUGGAGAUGAAUACAUGUAAAUAUACAGUUUUCUGUUAAUGUUUUAGGUACCAUCUAUUCUUCUUAAAAUCUCAGAUUGGGAUCAGAGGAGUUGUUGCUAAAGGCUGGAGGAGCAUUUACUUUGGCUAGGUUUGUAUACUUGUACUAGCAAAAGAGGAUGCCAUUUGAAAAAGGCCUAUGGAUAUAAACCAGGAAAAAGAGCUUCUUGUGUAUGGUUUUUACAGUAGAUCUAGAGUGGUUCCCCACGACUAUCAGCUCGAACCUUAUGAAUAUACAUAUGUGAAAAUCAAGUACUACGUGUUAAGAUAAAUGUAUAUUUUACUGCACACUCUCAUUGUCUUCUAAAUCUUCAAGUUUGUAUUGUUCUAUAA